AAGAAAAAAAAAAUUUCACUGAAGAAAGAGAUGUUUUGAUCAGCACAAUUUGCUUGGCUGGCAGUUCUGCAGCACCCUCAGACAGCUCUGACUUCUGCAGGCCAGCAGGCACAGGGUGUACUAACUACUACAUUAUUCACUUUCAUUAUAAGAAUGCCAACUUUUGAGCUCUGAUUGUGGAUAAAGGUAAUAAAAGUGAGUUCUGUGUCUCGAGAAUAUCUGUAUUACAGAUUAUUGCAGUGAGGUAGGUUGAAAGGAAGGACAGUACAACUUAUUGCAGUUAAUACUGGAAUGGACUGAGGUCUUUCUGAAUCUACAUUACUCUUAUAGAGGAAAGACUGCAUAUGAGGAAGAUAUAAAAAUGUUAUUUGCUCCAAGGCUCACCCUGUUCUUAUGGUGUCUCUUAAGCAUUCCUUGUGAAACAAGGGGGAAAUGACAGGCACAGUGCAAACUGUUGUUGCAGAGGUGGAUUUUGUCCCCAAAUAAAAUGUAUGUGUGGAGGUGGGCUUUCAAAACAGAAAGAUGCAAAUGCUGCCAUGGCAAUAAUUUCUGCAGGGAAAUAGAACCACUUUCUUACCCAUAUCACUCGCAAGUAUCUUUUUCUGUAUGUGGAUGAAGUUUGCUUGAUUGAGAGAGUGACUGUGUACCUUACCUGCCAGCUAUGAAUGUUCAAUGUAUCCUUGGUUUACUACCAUCCUACAAAAAACAUUAGUAGAUCUUGAACAUUGGUCUGGAUUCCUAGAAGUUUUCUCACAACUGAAUACCUCCUGCUCUUGUAAAAAAGAGUUUUCCUUCUCUUCCUGAGGAAAAGAGGCCGUAUCAGUCUGCUUUAUAGGCUUCUUAUUUCAGCUUCAAUAGUACUUAGUGCUAUUUUCAAUAGUAGCAACUAUUUAUCAUUGAAACUCUGUUCUAGCUGCUAAAGUCUACUGUGGCAUUUCACUGAUAUAUCACCUUCAGCUGACCUUUUGUGCAAGAGCGUGGUUCAUCCAAACCCAGCAGAAAGAUGAAAUACUUCCUCAGCUGUGGAAGAAGAUGGCUGUAAAAGAAAGAGUAAUGAAAGAUACAGGGACAGGCAGAGAUCAGUAGAAACAAAUUUAUACUUCUAUAUGUGUAUAUGUAUGUAGGAGUAUACCAAUGUUGUGUAUGUGCUGAUGACAGUAUUUCUUCCCCGGAUGGUCAUUGGGAUCUAUCUACAGCUCCAGCACUCUUAAAAUGAUGUCUUGUUGAUGCUGCAUGCUUCAUUAGUAUCAGUUAAUGCUGACUGGAAAGGAAAGGAAAUGAACGAACUUUAUUCUAUUAGAUGGGUAUAUCAUAUUAAAUAUAAGAUUUGAUGUGAGAUGAUUUAAUUUGUCUAUUCCAAAGCAGAUGUAGUAGUUAGCUAUGAGAACUGGAACUCACUUUCAGCAUUGAAGAGGGGGAUUAGAAAGUGGCUCUCCAGAAUAGAAAACAUUUUCAGUUGCAGAAACAAUUGUUCUCCUGGAUCUCAGGCCCACGCACUUUGCAGCUGCAGCAUCUCUCCUGGACCAUGAUGUACCAUGUCAGACGGUCUUUGCUAACUUGCAGCAGAGUGUAAGUGACUGCUCCCCACAUGAACAUAGCAAAUGUCUCUCCUGACAAAUUGCAUUGUCAGGAAUGCUGGAAAGAAAGAAAUCUGUGACAUUUUCCUUGUGUUCUGAAGGAACAAAUGAUGAUUAAGGAAGGUCUGUGUCUUUCAUCACUGGCUCACUGAGGGGGACUGUAAGUACAUGACUUUACACUUCAUUUUAUUUCUUGACUGAACUUUGUAAAUGUAUUGGCUGUAAAUCUGCCCAGAGCUUUGCACCACUACGGCAGUAAUUAUUAUUAUGAUGAUUGUUGAAAUAUGCUGUUAAGUCUCACAGAGAUGAUGCAGCUGGCUGUGUAUUUGCCUGAAUGUUUCAUGCUUUAGGCAAGUAUACAGUCCCCACUGUCACAAGUUUAGAGGUUCCAGUCAUACAGUCAAUGCAAUACAAUUGGCCUCCCUCAAAAACAAGAGCAGACAAAUAUAACCUCCCAGUGGUAGGUGGGAACCCUCAUUCUGUUAUGGUGUGCCCUGAAGAAAAUAUAACAUCUCAUAAACUGUAGAUGAAGUCUAAAUGCAGAAUGCCGCUUUGGUUUACUUCAGCAUACAAGGAUUAGGAAGGAAAUAUUUCAGUAAUUUAGUUGUAAAAUGGUGCUUGAGGCUUUGGUAGUGAUAAAGGAAGACUGGUGAUUUAUCUUCAGUUGUGUGUGUUAAGGGGACCUUUAUGCUGUACUUCCUUCCAUGGGCAUUCUUGUACAUGUAUCCUAGCUCAGAACUACCACCUGCAUAUCUCGGGCUGUUCGAGCCUGCUUACACCUGGAAUUCUUUCUUUGCAUGUGCAUUUCAAGGUUUUAUUCUAGGUCUGUCACUUCUGAAGUAUCCUGAGAGUGAACAGGCAGUUGAGCUAUGAAUAAGGAACUCAGUGCUAGCAGGGUUUCCUAACUUGCUUUUCAAUACGAUUGCAGCUGUGCUAAGCUUCUUCCAGAUACUCCAAAGGGCAGUUGCUGCAACUGAAGUCUGUUGUUUCAAGGGGACAUCAUAUCCACUUUGACAUACAGCUGUUGUAUUUCAUUUGGCCAGAUGAAACAACCUCCUUUAGAUUCAGAAUAUAGCCAAUCAUAAUACACUUUUUUUAAACAUGAAAAAUUCCACUAUAUAUAUACAAGCUCUACACUUGGGAACCUAGAGAGGAAAAAAUUAUUAUCAAUGUGCAAAACUGUGUAAUCAGUUAUAAUCAUUCUCUUUCCCAGAUGUGAAGAGUGUGUCUUUUUUCACCUCAUACUGUCAUAUCUAAAUGCUGGCUAAGUGUUUUGCUUUCCAGUGUGGAUGAUUCUCUUGGCAGCAGAGGGAUGUUCUGUAGUCUUUACUACAAAACUCUCCUCCUUUAAACUGUGGGUGUCAUCACCUCUGCAGGUCUCUACCUGGUCCUGUCCAUGGACAGCACAGCCAUUAGCAGUGGAAGUGUCACUGAAGCAUGUGGCCUGGUAGUCACAGAUUAUUCUGUGGAAGAACAUAAAAGACACAGGCAAUUCAUCUACUGACUAGAAGGAAGAGAUGGAAAGUGAAGUGAAACUUUCUGAACAUGGCAGAAUUCACCCAUGAGCCAGGAAGGACUGUACUGGGGUAAUAACAAAAGGUUAUUUCAGCCGCAACAACAAGCCGUGAGCGUGUUUGUCAGCUGACAGAUCUGUUAUCCAAAUUGGGUUUUCUGUUGCUGUCGCCAUCUUGUGUGCUAUGGGGAGCCCACCAGCCAAGAUGAAGAUUUGUCCCAUCUACAUGCUUUCUGUAAGAAUCAUACAAGCCAGGAACAUCAAGUCAAGAGACCUAUGGACAGUUCCACUUUCCUGCCAAAACCUUGCGGGGCGUUGUUAUUCACUGCUUGAUACCAGUCUGAAGUAUUUAGGCUUCUUGGGCUGCAGUAGACGUCAUCAGUCAAGUCCAGACUCCAGCUCUGAAAGACAUCAACUUGGAGAUUUCUUUUCACACCGUUGUCAAGCUCCUCAAAUGACUGCAUCAGACUGCUAUGUGCGCUUGUGGCUGCCAUCUGCUUCAAAUGAAAAGCUUCAGACCAAAACUAUCAAGAAUUCUGACAACCCUGUCUGGAAUGAGACUUUCUACUUUAGGAUCCAGAGAGAAGUUGAGAACAUUUUAGAAUUGGCGGUGUGUGAUGAAGAUCCACUCACCAAAGAUGACAUGCAGUUCACAGUUCUUUUUAAUAUUGCUAGAGUCAGACCUGGAGAGAGAGUCCGUGAGAAGUUUGCUUUGAAAUCGGAGAAAGAGAGGUGCAUUAAGAAAUGGGAAAGUUUGGAAGUGGAAUUCUGGAUGGAAAAAAUUCCUGGCCCUCCAGAGUAUGUCAUUACCAAUGAUGUCCUAGUGUCCCGUGAAGUUUGGUGCUUGGAAGUACAAGUGGACCAUAGUGAAAGCAGGAAAUAUUUGCGAGAGGGGAAAAAUCUUGUGCUUACUGUGCCUGCAUCUCAUGAGGGAACACAGAAAGCUACGGAAGACACAAACACCUUCUACUUCCAUUGUUUGAAGGCUUGGGAGCCAGUUUUAAAAGCCAGGCUACAGAUAAUCUCUGAUAAGGAAGAUGACACAAACAAUUUAAGUGACACCUUAACAGUACCACUGAAAUUUCUCCCUGUUGGGCACACAGUGAAAGUAACCCUCCCUGUAAGACAUAAUGUGCCACUGCAGUUGUACCUCCAACUAAAUGAUUGCACAGAAAGACUUGAUGUGCGUUUAGGAUAUGAUCUAUGCCCAGAAGAGCAGGAAUUCUUGCAAAAAAGGAAGAGAGUGGUUGCCAGUGCCCUGAAAAGGGUUUUUCAUCUGGAAAGAGAUCUACAUGGACAUGAGGUCCCAGUAAUAGCUGUUAUGGCAACAGGUGGAGGCCUCAGAGCAAUGUCAGCUAUGUUUGGCCAUCUCUUAGCUCUUCAGAAGCUAAAUCUGCUGGACUGCGUUACCUAUCUCACUGGGGCUUCUGGCUCAACAUGGACCCUAGCAGACCUGUAUGAACAUGCAGAUUGGUCACAGAAGAGUCUGGAGGGGCCACUCAGAGCAGUAAAAGCGCAGGUGACAAAAUGCAAGCUCAACCUUAUGUCUAUGGAUCAUUUGAAGUAUUAUCACAAGGAACUUGCUGAAAGGGCAAAAGCAGGACACGUCUCAUCUUUUACAACACUGUGGUCGCUUGUUCAGGAAAUGUUCUUACAUGGACGGCCAAGAAAGUACAAACUCACAGACCAGCGCAGGGCAUUGGAGCAUGGGCAAAACCCACUGCCUUUCUAUGCAGUCCUCAAUGUCAAAGAGGAAAAGUUCAGUACUUUCAAAUUCAGGGAGUGGACGGAAUUUUCUCCUUAUGAAGUGGCCAUUCCAAAGUACGGAGCCUCCAUUCCUUCAGAAUAUUUUGACAGUGAGUUCUUCAUGGGAAGACGAGUGAAGAAGCUGCCAGAAUCUCGGAUCUGCUAUCUGGAAGGUCUUUGGACAAACAUCUUUACUAGGAAUUUACUGGAUGGCUUGUACUGGUCCUCAAAUUCAAAUGAAUUCUGGGAGAGAUGGGCCAAAGAUAUGGUAGAUAUAGAAAAACAUUCUCCUGAAGAGGAUAUCACUGUCAUUGAGCCUCCAUCUUGUUUGUCAGGGAAGCUGUAUGAAAUGUUUCAGGACAUUAUAACGAAGCGUCCGCUGCUGGGAAAGUCUCACAACUUCCUGAGAGGCUUAGAAUUUCAUAAGGAUUAUGUCCAUCAGAGAAAAUUUAUUGAAUGGAAAGACACCGUGCUGGACUCGUUCCCUAACAGUCUGACACCACUGCAGAAAUAUCUUUGCCUGAUAGAUGUUGGCUAUUUCAUUAACACCAGUGGUGCAGCACUUUUCAAGCCAGAGAGGAACGUAGAUGUCAUUAUCUCACUUGAUUAUGGUUUGGGGAAUGCGUUCAAGCAAUUAGAGAUGACAUACAAAUAUUGCAAGAUACAAAAAAUCCCAUUCCCCAAAGUGGAGAUAAGUGAAGAAGAGGCAAAGAACCCAAAGGAAUGUUAUGUGUUUGAAGAUGCAGAGGACCCGAGAGCACCGAUAGUAAUUCAUUUCCCCCUUGUCAAUGACACAUUUAAGGAAUUCAAGGCACCCGGGGUAAAGCGCAGUCCCUCAGAGAUGGAAGAAGGCCAAGUAAACCUGGAAAACAACUGUUCCCCCUAUUAUCUCAUUAGGCUAAUCUACUCUCCUGAAAAUUUUGACAAACUUGUGAACCUGAGCAAGUACAACAUCCUCAACAACAGGGACCUGCUCUUUCGGGCACUUCAGAAUGCCAUAGAACGGAAAAUAAGUUACACGACUUGGAAUCUCCCCAGCCACUCUGGAGCUGGAUAUGCCUAGGCUGGGUUUUCACUCUUUUCCACACUGAAGGCUACAACAGUCACUUUGCAACGAACUCAUAACAAUCACAGUCACAUUACAAUGCAUCAAUGCAAAUGUACAUUAUUUGCAGGAGACUGAGGAAACCUGUACAUUUCUCAUCUUGACUUGUUCAAGUUCCUGGCUUUCAAAAGGAUUUAUUUAACCUUCCUCCCCCAAGUUUUCAGACCACAGGAGCCUCACAGUGUAGUUUUACUUGAUAAGAAAUGGGAGUCCUGGUUAGCAGAGACCUUUCAAGAAUUUCCAAGUGUUGUAAAAAAAUGGUGGUGGUUAUAGCAAUAGUUCUUCACGUGUGCCUGUUCCCUCAAUCCUGAGCCCAUUAUUAGUGCUUUUUGAAUGAUACAAUUACAAACCAAGUCCUGGCCAUUUGCAUUCAGUAAUGUCCAGAUUUUCAGCUAGGCUGAGCAGAAAGAAUUUGCACUGAAUUGGUGGGCUCAGCUCUGAAGUCAGGUCAAAGAGUCAUAUAUACCUGUGAAUUACAGCCAAUCUGCAAUGUGAACUGUUACAUUCUAUUUGGCUAAUUCCCUUUGCUGAUGUAGAAAUUAUUCUUUUAUUCCAUUCCCCUGCAAAUGUUUGGCACAGAAAUGCUGCUCCAGACUGCCACGAAAUGGGAAGUUACAUUUCAAGAAGAGAAGACAUGAGAGUAUGGUUUGAGUUUUGGCUGGAGGAAAAUUGCUGCUUAAGGCAUGAGUGAUUAUUUUCAUUUAUAUGGGCAGUGCCUUUAUGAAUUAAAAUGUCAAGAGCUUUUGAGAUAAAAAACUCAGGGUGAGUAGUUACCAUAGACACCAGUAACUACAUUUAAUUCAAGAACAAUGACCAAGACCUAAGCUUGUGCUUCUUAUGAGUGCAAGCUGAGUGCAGGAUAAAAUAAUUAAUGUAACAGAGUGCAUAGUUACUGUAUUUUCACAAACAGAAUAUUUUUCCCCUUUACAGUCUUUACACCUAACAUCACAGGCAAGGUAUUUUUAAUAGGUGCUACACUAAAAUGGAACACAAAUAAAAAAAAAAAGGAAAUUCUUUUUCACACCUCUUUGCUGGAGGAAAAUACUUGGAAAAGAAUGAUGCCUGGUUCUCAUUUGCUUGGGAUUAUGGUGAGAGAUAUUGCCUUGACCUGGGAGCUUGGGAUAUCUUUAUGGCUCUCCUCAGCAUUGAAAAGAUGGUAGAGAAGGAUGCGGAGUACACAGAAUGUAAGUCAGAGAAGUUUCUGGGUUUCACAGCAGUGAAGGAGUUGGGCCUGCUUUCAGCAUAUUUAUUCCAAACAUAGGACAUUUACAGAGGCCCAGGAAACUCUUGCACAUUUCUUCUGUGCUGGAAAUGUAUUUGAUAUCCAGAAUGAGUUAUACUUGAAAUCAAAAUUAAAGAAAGAGAAACAGGUCUGCCUACUUAGUAUAUGCUUGCAGUAUCCGAGCUCAGAGAGACAGCACCCCUAAAAAGUUUCAUUGCCUGAACCCUGCUUCUACUAAAAGCUGUCUUCUGCUGCAAGUAAAGGCAGUCAGUAAGCCUCUGCACUAUUCCUUGUAUGGUGCUUGCUUAUUGAGCUAAGGAGCACCAGGAGAAGAAAGAAUUAAUCAGAUGCUGCUGCAAGAAAGACAGAGAGCUGUUUUGAUUUGACUUGAAAAGUAAGAUGGCAGCAGAGGGGUAUCUCAGAAGAGAAAGUCUUACCAGCAAGAUCUGUGACCUUCAUGUAGGAGUGCAUGUCCUGGUGCAGUGAGCAGAGGCAGCUGUUCGCUGUUUUAUCUCAUCUACCUAAAUUUUACAUGCUGCUAAAAAAAGCCAACAUUUUGUUCAUGGGCUACAAUGAGUGGUCUCUGACACCUGGGCAUCUUGACAGCAUGUAGCCAGCAGUGACACAUUCUGAAUGCACUGAGAAAAUCGAGGCUCUGUGUGUUCCUCCUAGCAAUAACUGGGGCGUAGUUUGUGCCUGCACAGUCCUGCUAACGCAGACAGAGAUGCCCUAUGACACAUGAAAGAAAUAAUGGGGAAAAAAAAACAACAAACCCAGGGUACCUAGAUAACCCAUGGGGGUCAGUGGGUAAUAGUUUUUCUGGGAGACUGUUAAACUCUACAGGAAGAUGAAGGAGGUCAAGGUGGGGAGGGAGGUGGGAAGAUGAGGUGAUGGUCCUUUAGCCAGAGAACUCUCACCCAUGAUCCUGCACUUCACACUGGGCCAGAGCUGCUGGUUAAUCUCACAGCCAACACUCUGUGCUAUGUGCCUCAGUGUCUUCUUGGGGUCCCAUGUAGUUACCCUUGUAGCCUUAAAAGACAGUACCUAAGUUUUAAAUGCUUUUUGUUGCAUUUCAAAGCCUGUAAUUAUGUGAGGGCUGCAUCACUGCCUAUGAGAGGGUGGGGUUGCUUUCUUUUUUUUGUUAGUUUUGUGAAGCUGAGGGCGCAUGUUGUUGGUCUGUUGGUGUGGCAGAAGGCCAUGGAGGGUGUCUGUGAGCAUAAAGUAUGACAGGACAGGGACCUGGUGGGCUCGCCCACAGAUUGCUGAGUGGUGGCUGGCACAUGUUGUCCCCUCAUUACAGCUGUAUUGUGUUUUUAGGACUAAGAGAUGUGCAGCUGGUUAGUGUCCUAUGCUCACGCCUGCUCCUUGGUUCUGCUCUUCUUUGUGGUGAACACAAGUCUAAAGGAGAAGACCACUGAAAUGUUGUGUGCUUGUUCCUCACCCGCAGGCACAUGGCUUGCUUAUAGACAGGUCCGUGCGUGCCAUUGUGGAGUUGUUAGUUCUGUUUGUUUAACUGUUGAAGAUGAAUUCAUGCCUGCAACAUGCCCAUCUGAAAUGCACCCCAGGUCACAGCUCUCAGAUGAACAUUCAGCUGGAAAACCCCCAGAAAAACAGAGCUAGCUAUCUGCUGUCGAACACAGAGGAAAAAACAUUUGUUCUUAAAACUCUUAGAUAUAUCUGUAUAGAAAUUUCUUAUAUCCUUUAACUGCUUAAUAAUACAACCAUUAAAACAUAAUGUUGCAAAAGA